AUGAACAAGUUCUUGGCGCAGCUGGAGAUCACCUUCCGAAGAGAUCCGACCAAUUUCCGUCCUCGAAUCAACAAAGCGGAGUCUGUGAAGGUGCUUAUUGGUGAUUCAGGCGCUGGCAAAUCCUGCCUUUUGCUUCGCUUCGCGGACGAUGCCUUUACUGAUAGCUACAUCACAACAAUUGGUGUCGACUUCAGGUUCAAGACGAUUCCUGUAGACAAGAAGACGAUCAAGCUCCAGAUUUGGGACACAGCAGGUCAGGAGAGAUUCCGGACAAUUACCAGCGCGUACUAUCGAGGUGCUGACGGAAUUAUCCUUGUUUACGACAUUUGUGACCGGGAAUCGUUCAAUCAUGUUGAUGAGUGGUUGAACGAGGUAAACCGUUAUGUCAACGAGAACACCUGCAAGAUCCUCAUCGGCAACAAGUGCGAUAUGACUGCAGAAAGGCAGGUCUCCACCGAGGAGGCAAAGAAGAAAGCAGAAGAUCUGGGCAUUGCGUUCAUUGAGUGCUCUGCCAAAGACGCGACAAACGUGGAGGUAGUCGGAGGUGCUGAGAAAGGCGGUAUCUUGGUUCGUCGUGGACAGGAACUGGCUUCGGCCGCUCUGCCCGACCGGCUUUCCACCGGUGCCGAGGUUGAGGAACUGCACACAUCUGGAGAGCGUCUUCAUUUCCGCCGAAUCACUGGUACCGGCCCCGAGGAGGGUUGGGUGAGCGUGCGGAUCAGUGGAAAAGAGUUGCUGCGGCGACAGGACGAGUCAGAUGUGACACCAUCGAAUAGUGGGAAGAUGGCCUUGAGCCUUCCCAUCAAGCAUCGAGAAAUAGUUGGACCAAGCUCCGGAUACCGCCAUCGCUGGGCUGUCAACAUUGAUGCCUGGCACCCCGAGGGUGGAUCCGAUGGCAAAGAGUUUCAAUUUUUGCUGCACCUCAUCAAGGAAGAGACAGACAGAAAAGCCGUCAUGAGAUUCAAGUUCUUAGAGGAUCAAAAGCGGGCUCUUGUCUCUCGACUGUUGGUGCGUCAGGCGAGUGCAUCGUCUCUGAACAUGACAAACUUCAAAGACAUCGAAAUCAAGAGGACCAAGGGUAAGUCAGGAACUCAGCACAGGUUGGUGCCUUUCCUUGCAAGCCGCAGUUUGGCGGCUUAG